UACGCGCACACACAUACAUACACACUCACUUGUUUUGGUGGUGGUGGUGGUGGGGAACAUCAACCGGACAAACAAAGAGACGUACAGUGGAGCUCACUGCAGCCAGGAUAGGAUCACACGUUACCUCCAUCCAGUGUCAGCGACCAGCCCACUGAACUCUUUUCUUCAUAUAUGUUGGGAAAUAAAACAUCAGUCACACUGGAGGUGACCGUCACAGAAGCGUUAAUUGCUCACGUAGACAGUACAGCCGUACUUGUGAGUCUCGACCGAGAAAUGGAGAUGGAGCAUUUCGACGACCGGGACAAAGGUCAGAGGCACGGCCGGUCCAGUGCGAAGUUAAACGGGGUGCCGAGUCCCACUCACAGCGCCCACUGCAGCCUGUACCGGACCCGGACCCUGAAGACUCUGACUACGGAGAGGAGAGCCAAGAAAGUCCGCUUCUACCGCAACGGAGACCGGUACUUCAACGGGAUAGUCUACGCCAUCUCCGCAGACAGGUUCCGGACCUUUGACGCCCUGCUGGCGGACCUGACCCGCUCCCUGUCCGACAACGUCAACCUGCCACAGGGCGUCCGGACCAUCUACACCCUGGAUGGCUGCAAGAAGAUCGCAAGUAUUGAGCAGCUGGUAGAAGGUGAAAGCUAUGUGUGCAGCUCCAUCGAAGCUUACAAAAAGUUGGAUUACACAAAAAACGUGAACCCCAACUGGUCGGUGAACGUCAAGGCCUCAGCUGCUUCCUCCCGCGGGCCUCCCUCCCUGGGCAGUGCCAAGGCUGGCUCCGAGAGUCGUGAAACCAAGGACUUCAUACGUCCAAAGCUUGUGUCCGUAGUUCGGAGCGGAGUGAAGCCCCGCAAAACUGUGAGGAUCCUGCUGAACAAGAAGACGGCCCAUUCUUACGAACAAGUCCUGACCGAUAUUACUGAUGCCAUCAAGCUGGACUCCGGAAUAGUAAAGAAGAUCUACACGCUGGAGGGGAAACUGGUGACAUGUUUGCAAGACUUCUUUGGCGAUGAGGACGUUUUUGUGGCGUGUGGACCGGAGAAGUAUCGCUAUCAAGAGGACUUGAUGUUGGACGAAAGUGAGUGUCGUGUGAUGAAGUCGGUGGCCUAUGGGAAGAUGUCUGCCACUCCGAAUCGAGGCUCCCCUAAGACCGCUGUCCAAACAGGGCGCAGCAAGUCCCCUGCAUCCGGAAAGCCACGCCGCAGCAGUCUCACCGCUGAAAAGACAGACAUUUCACACGUGUAUGAUUUGAGAAAUAGACCUUCCUGUUGAAACACAAGUG